AUUAUCUUUGCCCCCAUAUGGCCUGGUUGGUAAAGCUAACCCACUAGCUAGGCUGUUACAAAGAACCUGACACCAGCAUUAAACUGAAAUUCUCCUUAAUAAAUACAAAACGGUUCUUGUAUAUAAUUUUUUUAAGUCUAUUUGAGUUAGUGCUUGAUUUACAGAUUCUAAGUUCGAGGAAUGCAAUGAGUGUCUUUGAAGCCAAAGGACCCCACAGAUGCUUCGUUAAUCAAAUAAAAAAUUACCCUAUAGCACAUCCAAAGAAAGUGCAGUUUUGCCAGAGACAAUUACUUAAAUGCAUCUUUCUUAAACGGGUAUAAGUAAUCAUGGCUCCCUGAGUCCCUGGGUUAUUACUUAAUUCUGUUUAUGCUUUUUCUUUUUACAUAAACAAUCAUGAUUUCUUUCUCGUAACAGAGAUAUUUGGUACUAAUUUAUUUCCUUUGCAGAAGACUUAUUCUUUAUGUGCAGUAGGUAGCUGUUUGAUAAGGUGGUUUUGGGGAUUUAGUAUUUGUAUUUUUGACAAGCUGGUAAGAGCACCAUUGUAGGAUUUUCAUCUAUCCGCUGGUGGUUUUGACUCUGUUGGGUUGCAGAGAACUGACAUGAAUGUUUUGCUACUCUACUUUUGAGGUUGUGGGAGACAAAGUUUCACAGACCUUCUGGUGUCAGAUAUCUUGCUUCGAUGCUUGUCAUAUAAUUGAACAAUAGGCCUUUAUUUGGCGCUGCUUAAUUAUAAGGUGUGAUCUAUUUUGGACACUGGUUAUUGAGUUCUUCUUUUGUAGCUUUGAGCCUUUGAGCGAAUACUCAAUGGCUUGCAUGAAGUUGGGUUCCAGAGCUGAUGUAUUCCAACGUCAAGGCCAGGCCUGGUUCUGCAGAACGGGGCUACCAAGUGAUAUAGUUGUUGAAGUUGGUGACAUAUCCUUCCAUCUUCACAAGUUCCCUUUACUCUCUAGAAGUGGUGUUUUGGCAAGACUGAUAGCUGAAGCUCCGAAAGAAAGGGAAGAAUGUGUCAUAGAACUUCCUGACAUUCCAGGUGGAUCCAAAACAUUUGAACUGGUAGCAAAAUUCUGCUACAAUGUGAAAUUCGAGCUUACUGCCUCAAACAUUGUACACCUCCGGUGUGCUGCUGAGCAUCUUCAAAUGACUGAGGAAUAUGGUGAUGCCAAUCUUAUUUCACAAACGGAAACCUUUCUUAACCAAGUAGUCCUCAGAAGUUGGAAAGAUACACUUAAGGCACUUCAAACCUGUGAUGGUGACGUUUUACCAUAUGCUGAAGAGCUUCACAUUGUGAAAAGUUGCAUUGAGUCACUCUCAGAAAAAGCAUCUUCUGGUCCAAACCUCUUUGGGUGGCCAAUAGUGGAGCAGGGUUUGUGGUCAAUGCAGAGCCCUGGCGGUAGUGUUUUGUGGAAUGGAAUAAGUAUUGGUGCAAAACCAAACAUCUCAAGUUCAGAUUGGUGGUAUGGAGAUUUAACAACUCUGAGUUUACCUCUUUAUAUGAGGCUUAUAGCAGUAAUGGAAUCUCACGGCAUUAGCCACAAGAUCAUUGCUGGUUCUCUUGUUGUCUAUGCAGAAAAGUUUCUGCCAGGUUUCAAUCGUCACAAGGUAUCUGAUGAGUCUAGUAACCAUUUGACACCAUUAUCUGAAGAAGAGCAGAAGAUUUUGCUGGAAGAUGUUGAUAAGUUACUUCCAUUGCAAAGAGGUCUUGUUCCAACCAAAUUCUUGCUUGGUCUACUUCGCCUUGCCAUGAUACUCCAGCUUAGCCCCUCUUGCAUAUCAAGUUUGGAGAAGAGGAUCGGGAUGCAGCUUGAUGAGGCUAAUGCAGAAGAUCUCUUGAUGCCCAAUUUCACAUGUUCAGAUGAGACACUUUACAAUGUUGACUGUGUGCAAAGAGUACUUGAACACUUCCUUGACAUGGAUCAGGUGGCAGGUGGUGCUUCUCUGUGUUCGACUGACAGCAGCCAUUUGAUUGGCUCACCAUCACAAACACCAAUCACCAUGGUAGCCAAGCUGAUUGAUGGUUACCUCGUAGAGAUUGCCCCGGACGUCAACCUGAAACUUCCCAAGUUCCAAGCCCUUGCUGCAGCAGUUCCAGAGUUUGCCAGGCCUUUGGAUGAUGGUCUAUACCGCGCUAUAGACAUGUAUUUGAAGAAUCACCCAUGGUUGACAGAAUCUGAGAGAGAGCAAUUAUGCAGGGUGAUGGAUUGUCAGAAGCUGUCGUUAGAAGCAUGCACACAUGCUGCACAGAAUGAGAGGCUACCCUUGAGAGUUAUAGUUCAAGUCCUGUUCUUUGAGCAACUCCAACUUAGGACUUCAAUCGCUGGUUGCUUCAUGGUUUCAGAUAAUCUUGAAGGGUCCAGAUACUUACUAAGAAGUGGGGCAACAGCUGCAAGGGAAAAUCAGAUUCUAAAAGUGGGAAUGGACAGCAUGAGGAUGAGGGUGUGUGAGCUUGAGAAGGAAUGUUCAAACAUGAGGAAGGAGAUUGAGAAAUUGAGUGGUGUAAAGAAUUCUACUUCUAGCACUAGCUCUUGGGGAAAUAUGCCAAUGUUGCUUGGGUUUAAGAUGUGUAGUGCCAAUGAAGGAUCGGUUAGAAAACAAAAAAUUGGAGAGAGUAAAGUUAAGACAUUGAAGAACAGAUACGGUAAACAUAAGAAUUCUUCUCAUGGUGAUAAGGCAUCCAUCUCUUCUGCUCUUUCAUAGUGUAACCUUUCCAUUUGCUAAAAAGUGGAAUCUCCAUUUGUAUA